AAGAUGGCGCAAGGGACACAGCCAGCAACCGUCAGCUGUAACAAGGCGCCCAAACCAAUCCACUGCCGUCGAGUAGACGCCAACAAGCCUGUGAAGACGACAUAUCCCGGAGGCCUUGGGUCGGUCCCACAGAAACUACGCUUCCCAGCAUGCAAUGUGGCCAGUUACGGGCAGUGGCGCGAUUAGAGAGAUGCAUGCCGGGAUUAGAGUUUCCAUCUCUAAAUAGCUGCAGGAGCUCCGUCUCCUCCCGCUCCGUGACUCACACCUCGGCGCAAUCUAUAAUUGUAGGGAAAGUAAGCCAGUAAUUGAGAGACACACGUCACUGAGUCUUUUCUACUCCUAGCCGGAUCCUUACGCGGCAAACUUACUUCCGGAGCAAAUAUUUUCUCAGUCUUCCGUUUCCGGUCGACUUGUUGCUGUGGUAACCAAGGUACACAACAGUCCUGGCCGUUAUGGAGGGAGUGAGCAGUGGACAGAUCCCCGAUGGGGAGUUCACCGCGACCGUGUACCGGCUCAUCCGCGAUUCCCGCUACGCCGAAGCAGUGCAGCUGCUGGGCAGGGAGAUUCAGCGGAGUUCGAGGAGCCGCGCCGGCCUGUCCCUGCUGGGCUACUGCUACUACCGCCUGCAGGAGUUCGCGCUGGCGGCCGAGUGCUACGAGCAGCUAGGCCAGCUGCAUCCGGAGCUGGAGCAGUACCGCCUCUAUCAGGCCCAGGCCCUGUACAAGGCCUGCCUUUACCCAGAGGCUACCCGGGUCGCCUUCCUCCUCCUGGACAACCCAGCCUACCACAAUCGGGUCCUCCGCCUUCAAGCGGCGAUAAAGUACAGCGAGGGCGAUCUGCCCGGGGCAAGGAGCCUGGUGGAACAGCUACUGAGUGGGGAAGGAGGGGAUGACAGUGGGGGCGAGAGUGAGCCUGAUGGCCAGGUCAACCUGGGUUGUUUGCUCUACAAGGAGGGGCAGUAUGAAGCCGCGUGUUCCAAGUUCUCUGCGGCCCUGCAGGCCUCGGGUUACCGGCCUGACCUUUCCUACAACUUGGCUUUGGCUUAUUACAGCAGCAGGCAGUAUGCUUCAGCUCUGAAGCAUAUCGCCGACAUUAUCGAGCAUGGCAUCCGCCAGCACCCGGAGCUAGGUGUGGGCAUGACCACGGAGGGCAUUGAUGUUCGCAGCGUUGGCAACACCUUAGUCCUUCACCAGACUGCUCUGGUGGAAGCCUUCAACCUCAAGGCAGCUAUAGAAUACCAGCUGAGAAACUAUGAGGUGGCCCAGGAAACCCUCACUGACAUGCCACCAAGGGCAGAGGAGGAGUUAGACCCUGUGACCUUACACAACCAAGCACUGAUACACAUGGAUGGCAGACCUACCGAAGGAUUUGAAAAGCUACAGUUCUUGCUCCAGCAGAACCCCUUCCCCCCAGAGACUUUUGGCAACCUGUUACUGCUUUACUGUAAGUAUGAAUAUUUUGACUUGGCAGCAGAUGUCCUGGCAGAAAAUGCCCAUUUGACUUACAGGUUCCUCACACCCUAUCUCUAUGACUUCUUGGAUGCCAUGAUCACUUGCCAGACAGCUCCAGAAGAGGCUUUCAUUAAGCUUGAUGGAUUAGCUGGGAUGCUGACUGAGCAUCUCCGGAGACUCACCAAACAAGUACAGGAAGCAAGACACAAUAGAGACGAUGAAACUGUCAAAAAGGCAGUUAAUGAGUACGAUGAAACCCUUGAGAAGUAUAUUCCUGUGUUGAUGGCCCAGGCAAAAAUCUACUGGAACCUUGAAAAUUACCCAAUGGUGGAAAAGAUCUUCCGCAAAUCUGUGGAAUUCUGUAAUGACCAUGAUGUGUGGAAAUUGAAUGUGGCUCAUGUUCUGUUCAUGCAGGAAAACAAAUACAAAGAAGCAAUUGGUUUUUAUGAGCCCAUCGUCAAGAAGCAUUAUGAUAACAUCCUGAAUGUCAGUGCUAUUGUAUUAGCUAACCUCUGCGUUUCAUAUAUUAUGACAAGUCAAAAUGAAGAAGCUGAGGAGUUGAUGAGGAAGAUUGAAAAGGAGGAAGAGCAGCUCUCCUACGAAGACCCAGAAAAGAAAGUCUACCAUCUGUGCAUUGUCAACUUGGUGAUAGGAACACUUUAUUGUGCCAAAGGAAAUUAUGACUUUGGUAUUUCCCGAGUUAUCAAAAGCUUGGAACCUUAUAAUAAAAAACUGGGAACCGAUACUUGGUAUUAUGCCAAAAGAUGCUUCCUGUCUUUAUUAGAAAAUAUGUCAAAACAUAUGAUUGUUCUUCGUGACAGUGUUAUUCAAGAAUGUGUCCAGUUUCUAGAGCACUGUGAACUUUAUGGCAGAAACAUACCUGCAGUUAUUGAACAACCCCUGGAAGAAAAAAGAAUGCAUAUUGGAAAGAAUACAGUCACGUAUGAAUCCAGACAGUUAAAAGCUUUAAUAUAUGAGAUUAUAGGAUGGAAUACAUCAUAAUGACUGAUAAUAGCUUUUAUCCUAAUGGCAUUAUCAAUAUUUGACAUUCUUAUUUAUCAGUAUUUAUUGUUUCAUCUUUAUGUGUUACAGAUUGAACUCUGUACACUUGUACAUUGUAAUAAAAAUAAGUACGUUAAGACUUGUUUUGAGAACCUCACAAAAUGAAAUAUAAGGAGAACUUGAACCCUAGAAGAAUUUAUGAAAAAAAACUUUUAAACUGAUGGGGGAAGUUAUUUCUAAUAGAAUUUGCAAGCCUGUGGCCCUUCUUUGUUAUCUUUUGUGAUUUACUGUGCCUUGAGGUGCCCCGGUAUGACAAGAUUGCAUCAUUUAUGGACUAGGCAUCAUUCAAGUACAGAAUGAAGUAGUGUAUAGAACUUCUGGGCAUUAAUAAUCAUUUCAGAGAUUGUAUUAUUCUCACACCACCUUAACUAUAUUUAUAGUUCAUACAUUUUGCAUAGAAUUUAGGAUGUUCCAAUACAUAUGUAGUCUUACAGCCUAACAAAAUUAUGGUGCUGUGGUAUAGAUACAAGGAACAAUUAACAAGCAAAUUUCUGUGGUUUUCUUUUGCUCCAUUUGUUAAUAUAUGAAUAAGAUAUGCUCUUACUGUUUUUCAUAAGUGUGCUUUCAUUGAUCUUUAACAGUGAUUAGUAGCAGAAGUAUCCUUAGAACUCAAUUCUAAAAUCCUACCCUUGUGUUGCAACUUAGAACAUGUUAACAUUGGGGCUUCCAGUUGUAGCCUCGUGGGUAAGGAAGAAUAUUCUAUGCUAUUCCCAUUACCCCAUCAAACUCCUCUCCUGUGCACAUCACAGAUAAAUCAAUCAGUGGGUUGUAAAACCUUAUGUGAUAGGUUCAUAAUGCCAUUUUCACAUCAACAACCUUACUAGUCAUUUCUGGGGGGUUCUUAAUGGGAACCUCACUCAUUCUGCACAGGAAUUGUAUUUUCUGAACCCCGUAAAUGCUUUGUUUUCCCAUGCCUCACCCACCAAUUUGCUCUUCAUAAAUGUAACUGUCAACCCCCACUUGACUUAUUAAAAAAAUUAAAAGUAUUAAAUUGAUUCAUAUGAGAUUGCUGAUUUUGAAUGUUUUUGACUUAUAAAAACAGCGAUUUUUUAUUACUCAACCUAAUAGCUUGCCACUGAAAGGUAUGGAUUCCUGCCAUGAUUUUUUUUUUCUUCAAGUAAGGCUACUUAGCCACAUAGGUACCCAGAUGAAGCACACUCAGGAUAACUGCUCUGUAGCAGGACCUAUUUGGUGCUGAAAUUCUGUCAAAUCUAUGGAAGACUUUGUCUCGUUGUGAAGUCUAAUGUACGGUCUUUAAUUUAUGGCACUUAAUCUAAAUGAUCUGAGCUGCUUCCAUUUACCCAGUUGGUGGUGGUGAUCUCAUAUCUGAAGGAAAUCUGAAAAGAAUUUUAUUGUGAAUUAUACUGUAUAUUUGAGACACUUUUCCAUUUUCUGAAAAAGUAGGAAACACACUGGGUCAGGUCACAGACUCCUUUGCAAUUGUAGCCUGUUCCUUAUAUUCUUUAAGUUACAAAUUAACUUCCAGAACCCAAAAAGAAAAUUUUUUUUUGCAGUCUUCUGUUUCUGUUGGUUUAUUGCAGUAGUAAUGAGGACGCACAACAAUCCUGGCAGUUAUGGUGGGACUGAGCAGUGCUCAGAGCUGGGAUGAGGAGUUCAGGCCCAUCCUGGAUUCCCGCUAUGCCUAGGCAGUGUAGUUGUGGCUGAAAAUGGCUUUUAUCAUAAUGGAUCUGUUAUCUAUAUUUGGCAUUCUUUUUCAUUUGCAUUUAUCCUUGGCAUCUUUACAUUUGUUGCACGUUGAACUUUGUACACGUUAAAAGUAUAACAAAUAAUGUUUGAAGAACUUUGCUAUUAAAAGGGGUGUAUAGAGUGUGCAGUGUAAACCCAGUCACUUCCAUGUUAUUUCUUGUCACUGUCUGUCACCAGGUCUUUCCUUGUAGCAACAACUUAGAGAGACAUCUUUGUAUAAGAAAAAAAAAAAGUAACCCUAAAUUGCACUUGAUGCUUGAGCUUUAGACUGUUGAAGAGAGUGUGGCAUGAGCCAAUGGACUGUUGGAGUGGGUGUGUUUCAUUCUUCAGAUGACUGAUAUGUCAGUGAUUCCUAGGCUGUGGCUGGACCAUCUCAAUCAGCAAAUAAACACGGUUCUAUAUUGCCAUCUCAGGAUAGACCGUGCUGUCUAAUAGUCUAGUUUUUACCUUGACUGUAUGCCUGCACACCAUUCUUUAGGCCUUUAACUAUCUGAAUCUCAACAAACUCAAAUUUGGGUCUUGGCGUAGGCCCAUUUAGUAGUACAGAUACUAGAUGGGUGAGAAUUUUUUUCUUGUAUUUUUAGAUUGUUAGGUCCGUGACUUAAUUUUUCUUCCAAAAGUUAGUUGGCUGGUUGAUUGAUUCUUAAGUUUUAAGAUCGAUAUUUCCCUUCAUUUUCCGUUUUUUAUUUUCCAGAAUUGAUUGUGACUUUUUAUAAGUAGUGACAAAUAUUAAGAGGAGAAGCUUUUUAAUGUUCUCAAUGUAGGGGAAAUAAGCCCUGAACAGAGAAUAAGAAGACUUGAGGCGUGAGUUCCAGGCCUUCCACAAUCUAGUUUCAGGCCUUAAGAAAUCAAUUCACGUCUUGGGGAUUGCACAGUAAUUUGAACUACUAGCUGCUCUCUACAGUUACCUCUGGUUUAACAUCUGAUUCUGUAUAAGCCAUAGAGAAGAACUUUACUUCUUUUCUGACCUUGCUGUAUAAGCAACUCAGUUAGGAAAUAUAUAUUUGUAUUUCAAAUGAAAGUUUUCUUUCUGGUAUUUUGGCUUACAUAAAUGUCCCCUAAGAUAAAUGUUUGUUAUUAUCUUACAGUUGGACACUGUAAAAUAUCAAUUUCUACUAAAAAAUAGAUUUUUGCCUUUUCUACUUGGAGCUUUUACUUAUACAUUUAGCUAUGAAUGUACAAAAGGCAAUCACUAUUCUCUACUAUGGUUGUACAUAAAUGAAUUUGGUAAAUAUUUAGAAAUUAAUUCUCUUAACUUUCACAUUUAGUUCACCUGCUAAAGCACGUAUUUGUUGGGGAAGGGAGGUUUGCUUUUAAUCCUUCCAAAAAAUGCUAUAUCCCCCUUCAGUUCAGGAGCUUUAUUGACAGGCUAUUGUACAAUUUUUUUCCAAUUAUUGUUGGGCUAAUUAGUGCCUCUCCUACUCCUGAGGUAAAGGUCUUCAGCUUCCAGUCUUCCAGAAAUCUGGUAAGAGAAGAAUGGGUGAAGUGAAGAUGAAAUGGAGACUUGGCUAGAUGAUUUUCUUCACAACCCACGUUGGAUCCCCUUCAUGUCCAAAUCUCAGUAGUUAAUCAAAUGCCUGCUGCCGUUAAGAGAACAGAAGUAAUGGAUAACAGAGUGGAAGUAACAGAUGUCACAGCUACUUCUGUAACUGACUCACCAAAUCAAAUCAUCAGUCCUUACACCUUUGUUUUAUUUAAUACAAGGAGGAGAGGUCAUGCAGACUUUCCAAAAGGACGAACAAAGCCAAAUAGAACAGGAAGACAAUCACCAGUUUAUAAAACUCUCUCUUGUGUUUUCUUUUCCUGCCUUCAAAGGGUCUGGUUAACAGAUUGUGCUGUUUACUGUUGCAGAAUGUAUCACAAGAUAAGAAAUGAAAAAUCUGCCCUCCUUACCAUCCUCUUUUUUCUUUCUCUUGUUUAUCUCCUAUUUUCUCCCUUUUGUCAACUAUAUGGACACCUUUCUCUGGUAGCUGGCAGCUGAAACCACAACCAGGUGUAAAAGAUGCAUACCAGCCUUUUAGCAAUAAGUGUCAGGGGAGCUAGCUCUGUGAGAAUCAAGGUGACUCUAGAAAUGUGUGUUUUAAUCAUACAUUUUUGCAAAUCAAGAUAGCAUCUAUCAAUAAAAAGUGACUCUGUAAUGGGUAAGGCCAGAGGAAAAUUUUAAGAGGACUCACCAAAGGCAAUGAAUCUAUAUAAUUUGUCAAACACAGUGCCCUUUAUUUGUAUAUUUAUGUUACCCCAUCCUUUUUUUUUUUAGAUGAUCUGUGACUUCAAUAGAAAAGGAUGAUUGAAAUUUUAAAGAUGUACAAUAUUUUUUAUUACUUAAAAUGUCACGUGACAUUCAGAGUUAAAUAUACUCUUAGUUCUAGAAGACACUUACUUUUCUGUAUCCAUAAUAUUGAAAAGUGGGGCUGAGCAUUAGCCAAAAGGUAAUUAAUUAAUUAACCAUAGGCAAUGGUCUUGCUUUAAUAUUCUCCUGGGUGAGAGGUGUUCGUGCAAGGUGAUUACUUUAUAUUUUAAUCCACUUUUAAUUGAAAUUCCUUUGGUGGUUUAAUUAAAUUAGCUCCUCGGAUUAGGGCCAGGAUUGAUUCACCGCAUACAGAAAUCCCUUUUACAACACCAUAAUGUAUAUGUCUGAGAAAAGAAAUAGCUUCCAUAGGGAAAAGUUAUUAAAAAAUAGAAAGUUAUACGUACAUGUAUACUAUUAAAAAGAUAAACAUUUGUUACUUUAAAUAGGACCUGUCAGUAACUUGAUUGCAAAUAUUACUAGGUGAACAUGUAAACUGAGCCCAGUUCCUUGUUCGAAUGUGAAAUUUGCACAGGUUUGUGAAACAGCACAUUAUUAACAGCAACUGGAUGACUUAGUUCAAAAUAACAUAUGGCUAAGAUUGUACUGCGCCAACAGGACCCUAGCGAAGUGUGGGAGAAAGCAUUCAUUGCUAUUAUUAUUUUGAUUUCAACUCUUUAUUGGAAGAGGCAAAUGCUUAAGACAAAGGACACAUAAUGAAAAGUUCCACCAGCACACACAGCAACUGCUGUAAAAAGCGUAUCCACAGAGAACCCAGAGUGGCUCGUUACUGGCUAGUUAGUUUUUCUAUCUCUGCUGUAUAAGGUCAGACGCUGUUCUGUAAAAACUUAACUUCUUGGUCCCAGUUAUUCCAAUACUCCUUUGUGGAAAGAAGAACAUAUACUUUUGGGAAUAGAUGUUUAUUUCAUCCUUAACUAAGUCAAGAAAUGCUAUAGCAAGAGAUGGUCACACUACCAUUGUGACACAAAAGAAAUCUUCUGGAAUCAGAGCAUGACAGAAACGCAGCUGAAAGAGAUUCUGAUACCAGGCAAUACACACACCCACAAAUGUUAUGGGGUGCCAUUACGUGUAUGUACGUUAGAAAAGAAACAAAUUUUCCUGUCAUUCAUGCAGCAUUUUUAUUUCCAGAUCUUUUUUCCUUGCACUAAUUCAUUACAGUUUAAACUUUUGACAAAGCGCCAAAGAGGUGAACAUAUAAUUUGAUCAGUAUGCUAAAAAUAGUUAUUAACUCGUUUCAGAAACUAAAGAGACCAUUUCUCCAUCAAUGUACAUAAGAUUUAUAAUAAAAUCAUUGGCAAAAGUGUAAAAUUAUUUGGGAGUAAUCACGUGAAAUAUAAAAUGGGAAAUAAUAAAUGCAUUCUUUAUAAAGUUUGUAUAAUUUCUGUAGAUAAGACCUAAGUAGAUUUUUUACAUUACAAAUAGGGCAUUACAAUAAACAUUUGGAACAUAUCUCUAAGUAGGGCCUGAACACUGAGCCCAGGGAUUUUGACUACCUCAUCUCUUGAAUCAUAAAACUGAGGUCCAGAGAGACUAUGACUUGCCCAAGAUCACAAAGUCAAGGACUGUAGUGACAAACUCAGGCUCAGAAUCCAAGGCUUCUAGUUGAAUUCUAUGGGUCUUUCCACUAUACCACAUUCCUUCCUGUAGGUUAUUUUUCCCAAAUUUAUUCUAACUCUAUCAGUGCUAAGCAUUCCUUUCUCCAAAGCUAUGACUUUCACCACUUCCAUUGCUGCUGGCUAUUUAAUUGGUGAUUUAAUAAACUUUUUCCAAAGUACACUUAGUAAGUACAUUCCUGGGCUGGCCUAAAUUACAUUACAGUCUCUAAAAGUAUACUGUAGAGGAUUUCAGCAGGCACCACAUGUUAUCAUCAGGGGCACAGAUUUAGCUGUGGUACAAUCUGGGUUGGGCACAAAGAUUAUUGAUCCAAUUAUUUCAUUACCUCCUUAAAAUAUCACUUUUUUAUGGUCUUUCUAUAAGUUAGUGAUAUUCCUCUUCCCAUUACACUUUCUAGCCAACUAGCCACUGGGUUCUGGGUCAGCCACAG